UCUUUCUGUGUUUUUGUGUAUGCGAGGAAGAUGAAAUAUUACAAGGGAGAUGUCUUGACUGAAGAACAAAUUGCUGAAUUUCGGGAGGCUUUCUGCCUACUGGACAAGGAUGGAGAUGGUUGCAUAACCAUGGAAGAAUUGGAAACUGCGAUAAAAUCACUGGAUCAAAACCCAACAGAAGAAGAACUGCAGAGGAUGAUCAAUGAAGUUGAUAUAGAUGGAAAUGGAACCAUUGAAUUUGGAGAGUUCUUGCAUCUCAUGUCUACAAAGAUGAAGGAAAGUGAGGUGGAAGAAGAACUAAAGGAAGCUUUCAAAGUAUUUGACAAGGACCAAGAUGGAUUCAUAUCUGCCCCAGAGGUCAGUUUUUCAACCUUCCAUUUAUUUCAUUUUUUUAUAUAA